CCUUGUUCUCCUCAAGAAUAUCACAACAGUGUUAAUAUAUGUCCUUCGUUAGUAAGAAUUUCCUUGUACAGAAAUCCAGAAGAGGUCAGUUAACUGAAAUAUGGCUGCUUUUCAAAACUUCACCCGUUCUCUGGAAGAGACUUUCAAGAACAUUUUUAUUGAUUAUAUGAACAAUUGGCGUAGAAACACCACAAUGGAAGAAAAUGCCUUGCAAGAAAGAGUUGAUGCUGAAAACUUAGAUUAUGUCAUUUUGUAUCUGAUGGUAAUGAUUGGCAUUUUCUCUUUCAUAAUUGUGGCAAUCUUAGUAAGCACAGUGAAAUCAAAGAGACGAGAGCAUUCCAAUGACCCUUAUCAUCAAUACAUUGUGGAUGAUUGGAGUGAAAAGUUAAAAACCCAGAUUCUGUUCCAAGAUGAUCUUAAAUCCAUUGUCCAUGAAAAUUUUGGAGUAAAAGACAAAGCUAGCCAUAAUCACUAAAAACUGUAUUAAGAAGAAUUGAAGAACUGGGAUGAGGGGUUAGGUGGUUAUUCUCUAAUGUAGUGGCCUCCAGAUAUGGUAGAACUUGUAUUCUGUGUGUAACUAUAGGAUAUCAGAUUAAGUUAAACGUUAAGAUUCAAUAUCUACAGGCAGACAAUAACUUUGUUAGUACUAACCAACUAUGCACACAAACAAAACAAAGCUUUCUAGAUAUCUUCAUCAGCUGAAGAAAUUACAAGCUGGGUUAAAUCAGGGAAGCUAGUUUAUAUUCUGAAAUUCCAGGCAGUCACUCUUCUAAGAAUUUUUAUAAGGCUGAGUGAUUAAAUGAUUAUAAAAAAAUAUAAAAAUACAUCAACUGCUUUACCAAAGAAAAGGGGUGAUGCCACCCAGAUACUAUGAUACUUCUUCCAGAGAGACAUUCCACCACCACCACCACUACCACCACCUUUUUUUUGUUUUUUGCUUCACCUAACCUGCCACCAGAAGAAGCCAGAGGACCAGAACUCUGUCACCUCCAACUCUUUCCUGCUUCAUCAGUUGUGACCGGGCCCAUCGUCCUCAGCGAAGCCCCUGGAAUCUGCCAGCCCAGAAACAGGAAAGAAAGCUGCAAUAAGCAUCUCUACCUGUUCAAGGAAUUUGCUGGUUAAACCACUCAUCAUUGUUCUUAUUAGGGUAUUACAUGAACUGCUCUGGACGUCUUGCCAGCAGAUGAACAAGACAAUCCUGAUCAACAAAUGAAGCAAUUCAGCCUUUAGGAAAUAUUAGCACUUUUUACAUUUUAAUUUGUGCAAAAGUAGGAAAGUAAUUGUUAAGCUGAAUAACUAUUUUAGCCUUAAUUUUUGAAACAAAUGUGAAAAAAUAGCUUUAUCCAAGAUUUAUGCUGUUCAGAAUCAGAAAUUUCCAAAUUUAGCAAAGCAUUAAGACCAUUGCUUUUAUUUACUGUUUCUGUUUUACAACUGAUCUUCUUCAGCUACACUAACAGGGAAAAAAUUGAGAGUUAAAAUCCACAAAGGAAAACUUUAUUCCCCAGUUAACAUAAUGAUUUAUCUCACUUUUGUUAUUAACAUUCAGAAUAUCUGCAUCCUUCGAAUUUCUUAAUCUUCCUGAUCAAGAGAUUGAUAAUGACCCAUCCAUCUAGAUGAAAACACCCAAUUGGUUUGGCCAAUUUCAAAGAGCCAGUGGGAAACCACCAGGAAACCCCUGGAUAUUGGUAAAAAAAAAAAUUCUGAAUGAAUACUUCUGUAUUGUUGCCAACAAAGCCAUAGGAGUUCAAUUCAACUUGAAGACUUUACUUUUAACUUAAUAAAUGACCUUCUAGUCCAGGGA